AUGGGCAGCGCGUAUUUGGCGGCGUACAAUGGCAUACUAGCCGCAGGAUGGAGCUACUGCCUCUUCUUGGUGAUUCAAACAGCAAUGGUCGGAGGGUCCACAACUGAAGCAUGGGAGGUUCUGCAACAGCCAUUGAAGAUCUUCCAGACAGCAGCCUUGAUGGAGGUGCUGCACAGUGCAUUUGGCCUUGUGAGGUCCCCUGUCAUGGUCACAGCUUUGCAGGUUGCUUCAAGGAUAUUCGUUCUGUGGGGAAUUCUUGUCCCCCUGCCUGAAGAAACUGCCACACAGGCAGUGCAUUUGAUAACGGUGGGCACCAUUUCAGUGGACCUCAACAUCUUCACCCUUGUGGCAGCUUGGAGUGUUUCGGAAGUGAUCAGAUACGGAUAUUUUGCUUUCAAGGAGCUUGGGGUAGAGUUCUACCUGGCAAAGUGGCUGCGCUACACCGGCUUCAUUGUCCUCUACCCGGUGGGCGUGUCCAGUGAGCUUGCCAUGGUAUUCCUGGCAUUGCCGACAAUUAAGGCCUCCCGCAUGUGGAGCAUCGACAUGCCCAACACCUACAACUUUGCCUUCGACUACCAUAUCAU